UUACUAUAUGUUUGGACCCAAGAAAAUUUGGUUUUGGUUACGAAACCCCACCAAUGGGAUGGAAUCCUUAUAAUGCCUAUGAACUUAAUUUCACUGAAGAGAUAGUGAGGACACAUGCAGAUAUUAUAUCUAGUCAAGGAUAUUUGGACGUUGGCUAUAGAUAUGUAAAUAUUGACGAUGGCUGGGAAAAAAAUGUUUCUCGAGGAGAGGAUGGAAAACUCGUUCCCAAGUCGUAUUAUAAACACAUUUUUGUUAAACAAUGA